UGUACUCCAUGUAGUAUCAGGCUACUGACUACUUUUGUGCAAUUCAUUGAUGUGGCAAUGCAUGCUCAACGUUCCUCUAAGCAUAUAAGAAAAACGUACAUAUAAUUUGAAAAAAGACAGACCAGCGCAUCAUGGAAUUCAAAUGUCACAGUGGAACUGUGAUAAACUCCAGCUCUUCAGAAUACUACGUAGACAGCAUCGUCGGCAGGGGCACUUUUGGAAAAGUUGCUCGCUGUAGCAAUAGGACCACCAAUGAGAACGUGGCUCUAAAAAUCACCCGGAAAGCCAGCUUCUUUGAGAGAGCCAAAGAAGAGGGACAGAUGAUGGAGAUGCUGAAAUCGCAGAACUCGGACAAGUACAACAUUGUCAGGUGGGACGAAGCCUUCACCUGGAACUCUUGUUACUGUCUGGCUUUCGAGUUGCUGGAUGAGGAUCUGCAUCAUUUUCAGAUGAGGUGCAGGUCUGGACGACUCGGUCUCGAGGAGAUCCGUCCCAUUUUGAAGCAGCUUGUUGUUGCCCUGGAUUUCCUGCAACGGCACAAGGUUGCUCAUGCAGAUCUGAAACCGAAAAACAUCAUGGUCGUAGACCACUACCAACACCCACCCCGGAUCAAAAUCAUCGACUUUGGAUUAGCAACUGUGGUAUUCGAAGGGAAUGUGUGUGCAUCACUGCAGACGCUGUGGUACCGGGCUCCAGAGAUCGUGAUAGAAGCAACGUUCACUGAGGCCAUUGAUGUGUGGUCCCUGGGUUGUAUUGCAGUGGAAAUGUUCUUGGGAGAGCCAUUGUUCCCUGCCAAAGAUAAUUAUGAUUUGAUGCUCCGUAUUUUACACACAUUGGAGAAACCUUCAAACUAUCUCCUCCACACAGGCAUGCGAACGUCACAGUUUUUCCGUUUGGGCCACGCUGGAGUAUGGAGUGUGAAGUCACUCCUUCAAAACGGGCCGGUUCACUCUCACACAAUCAACAGCCUUGACUAUCUCCUGCAAGUGCCGCUGCACUCGCACCUCAGAGGAAGCAUGUGUGCCGAGAUAAACGACCGCGCCACUUUUGUUGAGCUGCUCAAGAUGAUGCUGAAGGUGAAUCCCAGCGAUCGGAUCUCGGCCCCGCAAAUUCUUCAGGAUGCUUUCAUCACAAUGAGCCACUUCGAGGAGAUAUUUGCCAAUUCCACCUAUUUUGAAACCUGUUUUGACUACAUGGAGCACCUGGUCAGCCAGGAACCCAACCUGAGCCCUGCUGCGGUGAACGUGUCGGAACAGGUUGCCAAUAGCCAAUCCACGAGUCAAUGGGACGGCGAUUGUCGUCAGUAGGUUAAAGCGUUUUUCAACCAGUGUCCUGCUGGCAGGUAUGUUCUAGAAGAUGAUCCGAUACGAUAUGGUGACGUUAGAUCGUACCACACGAUCGUGCUGACGUUCUGCUAAACUGAAGAGAUUGUAUCAUUUGGAAUGUCAUCAUUUCGAACACGCACUUGGAGUUGUUUGAUGCCGCCAAAUUUGGUGUUUGGCCUCUGGACUCUUUUACUCGCAGAAAUGUUUAUAUUGAGCAGAAAAUCACAUAAAACACAUGUGUGCCAUGAUGAAAUCAAAACUGUGACCCGGGGGUCUGGUUGUUGAGUGAACA